AUGUCCGGUCCUACCAGCGCGAGCGUCAACCCAGCCAUGGACUCUCGAUUCUCGCUUCUACUCCAGCAACUGCAGGAGGAGCACGAGUCAAAGCUGAGCUCGACCAAGACAGAACUCGAAGCGACGCGAUCAGAGCUGCGCUCGACGAAGAAGACCCUUACCAGCACGCAGCACCAGCUUCGCAAUGCGCUUGCGCGGAUACAGAUACUCGAGCGCAGGAUCGACGGCUCGAGUCCAGACAAGCGCGCUCCGCAGUUUCUAGACCUCCCUCCGGAGAUUCGCAACCAGAUUUACGAGGAAGUCGCUGCUUCGGCGUUCAGUGUGCCGGUCAUGGUCGCCUACUCGCCCACCUCGCCAGUAGAACACACCUUGGGCCGUAAGAAGAUCCAUCAGGCCAGCGUGCAACACGACUCCCAACGCGGCCCAGCACAACGCCGCCGCUUGGCAAUGUUGUACACCUGCCGACAGAUCUACCGGGAGGCAUCUCUAAUGUUCUACGGCAGCAUGACUCUUGAUCUACGCUUCAUCACCCUCGAUGUUGUACGUCCGGACGUCCGAGCACUGAAUGGCUACCUCGGACAGAGUCUCCAACACAUCCGUCACAUCGAGAUUGAGCACAGACUACUCGAUAACUUGCUCGAGCCCAUGACGAGACAACUCGACUGGCCUCGCGAACACUGGAAUGGCAAGAAGUGGAUCGUGGACCAUGAGAAGUACUCCGCAGACGCACACGACCGCUACUGGCGCCUUUGGCGCAACAAUACUUGGCUCGAUGAGACCUCACCUGCGACCAUCAAGCAGUUUCUCCGCCUUCGUACCAACCUCUUCUCGAUCGAAUCAAUCACUGCCUACCAGGAUUUCGAGGAUGAAGAGUGCGUUGACAGAUUGGGUGUCGACUUCAUGUACAAGCUCGCAUGCAUCGACAGUAUGCCUCCAAGUGCGAUACCACGCCUCUUUCCGAACCUGGUAGAUGUGAAGCUGAUCAGUGAGUUCGGAUCUGAGAGGUUCAGGAGAGUCGGACAGGUGGACUGGGAGCUGUGGUAUUGUCAUGAGAAGCUGCAGGACUCGUACUAUGCCAUUGAUGAUGUAGACGACGAGAGCCUGUCGGAUCCGGUCACCGGCUUGAUAGUCAAGACGACACAAGCACCUUGA